AUGAGAGGAAGAAUUGGGUUGUUUAUGAACCCUAGUGGAUUAGGAAGUACAACAAUUGGGCGGACAAGUAAACUUGUUUCUUGUUCUGCCUUUUCCUCCUCUGCUGGGGAUGGCUCAGGAGGAGGUAGAGGCCGAGGCCGGGUGUCUCCGGAUUCCGAUAAAUCAUUACCUCCUGCAGGACGUGGGCAUGGAAGUGGAAUACCCCUACCUUCCUCCCCAUUUCUUCAUUCAUAUAAUUCCUUUGUUGCAUCAAACCCACCACCACGGCAACCAGGAUUAAGUCAGGGUAGAGGCGGUCCAGUUCAACAGUCUUUUGAGGGAGGAAUUGAACUGGGAUCACAACAUAAAGCACCUGUAUUUCUUAAGAAAGAUGAAUUUACGGGCACUAGAGCUGAAGCUGAAUCAGUUGAGUCUGUACCUCGCCAGCCUAUUGGAGAAAAGAAUCUUCCUGAAAAUAUUUUGAAUGUAUUGUCAGGAACAGGGAGGGGAAUCCCUGAUAGAAAACCGGUAUUUGAAAAUAGGGUUAAAGAAGAGAAUAGGCAUAUUAGGCCAAAGCAAGUUGGUGCUCCUGUCAUUGGAGCUGGAAGAGGGGGAGAUAGAGCUGAGAAAAGUGAGAAGGGCUCUGCAGGUGCAAAGACUAAAAUAAGCAGAGAGGAGGCUAUAAAGAAGGCAGUUGGCAUCUUGUCUAGGGGUGAUGAUAGAAGGGAAGAUGGAGGUGCUGAGAGAGGAGGUGGUCGUAGGCGAAGGGGUGGUAGAUCGAAAGACGACUCUGAUGAUGAAGUGGAGGAUGAAGACGAAGGAGACAAACUUGUCAUGGGUGAUGAUGCAGAUGGUGAAAAGUUAGCCAUGGAGCUUGGGCCCAGCAUGAUGGCUGGACUGACUGAGGCGUUUGAAGAAAUGGCUACUGAUGUCUUGCCUGAUCCAGAGGAGGAUGAGUAUCUCGAGGCAUAUGAUACAAAUCUUAAGAUUGAAUUGGAGCCUGAAUAUUUGAUGGGAGAUUUUGAGACAAAUCCUGAUAUUUACGAGAAUCCCCCUGUUCCUCUUCGUGAAGCUCUUGAGAAGAUGAAGCCAUUCUUGAUGGCUUAUGAGGGAAUAGAGAAUCAAGAGGAGUGGGAGGAAAUUCUAAAUGAGACAAUGGAGAAAGUUUCACUUUUGAAAGAGAUUGUCGAUCACUAUUGUGGGCCUGAUAUAGCAACUGCAAAGCAGCAACAUGAAGAAUUGGAAAGAGUUGCCAAAACUAUUCCUGCUAAUGUACCUAAUUCUGUGAAGAACUUUACUGACCGUGCUGUUCUCUCACUCCAGAGCAAUCCAGGCUGGGGAUUUCAUCGAAAAUGGCAGUUUAUGGAUAAGCUGGCACUCGAGGUUUCUAAAUCCUGCAAGUGAGCAGAUUAUUGAGGCUUAGUCCGGUUUGCAUUCUUCAACAAAGACCAUGUUCUGGGUAUACAAAUUUUUUUUCCAAAAAGGAAGAUUAGUUUUUCAAUAAACCUCUGUCCAUUGACAGGCAUAUCAGCUAGAGGAUUCCCCCCUAAAUUGUUACAAGUAUAUUGAAAUUUUGCAUGCUUAAAUAGUUAAAUCGAUCUUUCGAGCUGUUUGUAGUUGUGUUGCUGCUCUAAUUGGCAAAAUUGUAACUGAUAUGUAGUUUGUAGUCGAAUAUAUAGAACUAUAGAAUUGGAAGACACUGUAAUUUGUACUCCAUAGAUUUUGAGAUUUGAAGUAGUCACAGUAAA